AUGAGUGACCUUCUUGAUUCUAGUUACCAAACCGUCCUGGUCUACGGCCUUGGGCUCCUUUGCGGCGUUGCCGUCCAUUGGGGCAUCUUCAUUCACGGAGAAUGGCAUGUCCAGGCUCCUCAGAUUGCUCUGGGUCAUUUGUGGCUCUUCUUUUGUUCCGCGGCUCUCAGCUAUUACUACAAGGGCUCAACUGUUGGUGAUCUAUGCCAUUCAGUCUUGAUACUAUUCGCCGGCUAUCUGCCUGGGCUUUUCACCAGUAUCACCCUCUACAGACUCUACUUUCAUCGACUGACAACUGCUGGUUUCAAAGGCCCGUGGUACGCCCGGGUCACCAAGCUGUGGCACGUCUGGGCCUGCAGAAACUGCAAGAAUCACCUGCUCUUGGAGGAUUUACAUGAGCAGUAUGGAGACUUCGUGAGAACAGGACCUAGUGAAAUCACUGUCUUCCACCCAGGAGUCUUUAUGGCUGUAGAUGGUCCCCGGUCUGAAUGCAUCAAGUCUGAGUGGUACGACAUUCUGCACCCCGAUCGUGCGCUUGUCACGACACGCAUCAAGCCCAUUCAUGCUGCCAGACGCCGUGAAUGGAACCGUGGGUUCUCGGCACAAGCCCUUGUUCAACACGAGUCAAAGAUUCUCAAGUAUAUUGAGCAGCUAGACGUCUGCAUCGAGGCGGAUGCCAAAGCGCAUGUUGCUUCAGAAGUCCGGAACCUGUUCUUUUGGUUUGGCUUUGAUGUCAUGGGAGACUUUGUCUUUAGCAAGUCAUUUGAUAUGCUGCACCAGCAGCAGUGGCAUCACAUCAUUAUACGGCUGCAGCGUGCCCUCUCGCUGCUUGGACCGUUCAGCCCUGCUCCAUGGCUCAUUCAGGUCGGCUUCAAGCUGGGACCACGGAUCAGCGUCCUCAAGGACUGGUUUGACAUGGUUGCCUGGUGCGAGCGGCAGAUGCGUGUCAGACUUGAUGACGGAACUCCUAAGCCAGCCGUCCCUGACCUUGCCUACUACUUGAUGGAGCUGAACGACGGCCAGACUGAGUUCAAGGAUCGGUUGCCAUGGCUUUAUGGCGAUAGCUUGCUGGCAAUUGUUGCUGGAAGUGAGCCGACGGCUGCUGCCUUGAUUGGCAUCUUCUGCGAGUUGGCUAAGCACCCCGAGCACGCCGACAAGGUCUAUGAAGAAUUGAAAGACGUCGACGCUACCAAUCUCAAGACUCUUACGAGCCUCCCGCACCUCAACGCCGUCAUUAACGAAGGUCUCCGCUUGUACCCAGCCCUCCUCACCGGCGGGGCCAGGAAAACCACGGAGAACGGGGCCACGAUCGGUGGGACUUUCAUCCCACCAGACACGACAAUCAUUGCCCCGCGUCACGUUAUAUCCCGAAGAGAGGACUGCUUCGAGCGGGCCAACGAGUUCAUUCCUGAGCGAUGGAGUACGCGGCCAGAGAUGAUCCGCAAUCUUGCAGCUUUUGCGCCAUUUGGAACAGGUCACCAUAGCUGUCUUGGUCGUUUCCUGGCCACUGACACUAUGCGAUUCGUUGUUGCUAGACUUGUGAAGAAGUAUCACUUCCGCCUUGCACCGGGAGAGACGGGCAACCGAGUCUUUGACGACGUUAGGGAUCAGUUCACCUCUAAUCCGGGUCCCCUGUCACUGUGUUUCGAGUUGAGGUGA